AUGUGUGCACCUCUUACUUCCUUCUCCAACACCUUCUCUGCCCAUUUUUCCACUCCCAAAAGUUCCCCAGAACCCAACACCCAAAUUCCAGGAGCACCCGACAACGACUUCGUUCUUCUAAGCAUCGAAACCAGCUGCGACGACACUGCUGCCGCCGUGGUGAGGAGCAGUGGUGAGAUUCUUAGCCAAGUUGUCUCUUCUCAGGCAGAUCUUCUUGCUCGAUAUGGAGGUGUUGCCCCUAAAAUGGCAGAAGAAGCACACUCACAAGUGAUUGAUCAGGUUGUGCAAGAAGCACUUGAUAAAGCUAAUGUAAGAGAGACUGGUUUAUCAGCAGUUGCUGUUACAAUUGGUCCCGGUUUAAGCCUUUGUCUUCGUGUUGGUGUGCUGAGAGCUCGGGAAACUGCUGGUAGAUUUAAUCUGCCAAUAAUUGGCGUACAUCACAUGGAAGCUCAUGCUCUAGUGGCCAGGUUAAUGGAAAAAAAGCUCCAAUUUCCUUUCAUGGCCCUGCUUAUUUCAGGAGGACACAAUCUACUUAUUCUUGCUCAAGAUCUUGGCCAGUACAUACAACUUGGGACCACAAUAGAUGAUGCAAUUGGUGUGGCAUAUGACAAGACAGCGAAAUGGCUUGGUCUUGAUUUGAGAAGGAGUGGUGGACCAACUAUAGAGGAGCUUGCUCGAGAGGGUGACGCAAAAUCAAUCAAAUACUCUAUCCCAAUGAAACAACAUAAAGAUUGCAACUUCUCAAACGUCGGUCUGAAGACUAAAGUGAGGCUGGCAAUUAAAUCCAGAACCAGAAAUAUGAAAUAA